UACCCCCUAGCCUAAGAGGCAAGCACCUUCACUUAUUAUGACAGAGAGUUGACACGACAUAUCAAAUUCCGUCUUGUUCUGCAUGUCCGGACGCUGUUGCACGAGGAAAGCCAAUCUGCCUUUUCGUAAAAUUCUCUUCUGCUUUCUCGUCCUUUCCGCCUAGUAAACUGAUUUAUCAGUCUCUGCUUAGUAUUCCUGGUUUGAUAUGCUGUAAGACUUCUAAAGUCCGUCCAGCAACCGUGAAGCGUUUCGGCGACUUAACCCUCCGAUGGAACUUGCCACCAAUCAAACGCUGCUGACGUGUAGCAUGUUAGCUUCCCCGCAACUCCGCCGACCUCCUGGGAACCCAUUCUCCACCACCGUUCAUUCUCAUCCACAUUCAAUCCGCACCGUGACUUUGGCCUCUCACCCCCGAUAUGCCUUACGUCGCGUGGAAUCUAUACAAUCGAGAUGCAGUAGAGCAAUAAGUGGUAGUGCAGGCAUUUCGCGUUCCAGCAAUACUGGUCCGAAUGGUCUUCAGCAGCGGAGAGAAUGUUUCUUUACAGGACGUACGCGUUUAAGAACGAAUUCGUCAGCAGCAGUUCCUUGCCUCAUUGGCUCGAAUCCGUCAGCGCGACUAGUAGUCUCAGCUUCGGGGAACAGGGAGCAGCGCCAGCAGCCCAAGGCGGUACAAGGGGCAGCAGAGGCGGCGUCAGCAUUACCCGUGUCUAAUAUCGGAGAAGAGAGUGACACUAGCUGGAGUGGCUCUGCCGGGAGCGAGAGCGAGAGCGAGAGCAGCAGCAGCGACAACGAAUGGUUCGUGGUUCGUAACCCGUUGGAGGCUCAACGGCCGAGAUUAAAGCGCAGGGCAGCGAGCAAACGGAAGCACGUGUCGCCUUUCUAUUUGGGGAGAGUGGCUGCGGCCACACUUCGCAAGGGUAAGACCAGCAGCAGCAGCAAGAGCCGGACCCCUGGCAAGGCUGUUGCCAGUGCCAGUGCCAGUGGCAGUGGUUCUAGCAUUACUGGCACCAGCAGCAGCAGGAGCAGCAGCAGCAGCAGCGUUGACAUCUCCACAACCUACAGUUCGGACACGGCUUCCGGGUCCGAACUGUUGUCUGGUUCGUUGAUGUACCGCUCCACUGAAACCUAUGUAGAAAGCAACCUCGUGACAGAAGCCAGUAGCGAGUCUUCUGUAACGGAGACUGAAGAUGCAGGGGCGUGGAGAGAAGGGAGCGAGAGUGAAGGUGAGGAUGAUGGCGACGUGGUGGUUAUGGGGUCGGGUGCGGUUCUGUCUGAAAAUGACAGGGGGGGGGAUGGUGUUUGGCCCGUUGUUGCUGCUGCUGCUGCUGCUGCUGCUGCUGGAGCGACGGAGGGAUGGCUGGAAACGGGAAAUGGCAGCAGCAGCAGCGGCAGCGAGAGCGUAAGCGGCAUGAGCAGCAUGAUUCCGAGUGUGUCAGGCGGCAUUCUCUCUCUCGAAAGUGGGGUGUACACCGACAGCGACAGCGACAGUGAGAACGACAGCGAGGGCGGGUCAGAUAGCACCCGCGCUGCACCCAACACGACGAACGCCCCCAGCAGCAACAGCACCAGGGACGCCAGCAACAGUACCAGCAGUGAGGAUGCGGGCAGUGGCAGCAGCAGCGACUCGGAAGGGGAGUACCUGGGCGGCGACAUGUGUGCGUCAGCCACGGGGGUGGUGCGUGUGCAGUCGCGGAAGAAGGCGGAGAUGUACCUGGUGCGCACGGACGGCAUCAGCUGCACAAGGGAGAAGGUCACCCAGUCCACGCUCGCCUUCUCGCACCCCAGCACGCAGCAGCAGAUGCUCAUGUGGCGCACCCGGCCCAGGACGGUCCUGUUGUUGAAGAAGCUGGGGACGGAGCUCAUGAGUGAAGCCAUGGAGGUGGCGCGGUUCAUGCACGGCGAGGAGGGCAUGAACGUGAUGGUGGAGCCCGAGCUGCACGACACGCUCUCCCGCAUGCCCGGCUUCGGCUUCCUGCAGACCUUCUACAGCCAGGACACCAGCAAGCUGCACGAGAAGGUGGACUUCGUGGUGUGCCUGGGGGGCGACGGGGUCAUUCUGCAUGCGUCUAACAUCUUCAGCGCCUCUGUACCCCCUAUCGUCUCCUUCAACCUCGGGUCAUUGGGCUUCCUCACUGCGCACCCGUACGAGCAGUUCAGACAGGACCUAAAGGCGGUGAUCCAUGGGCAGGAGCAGACGGCAGGCGUGUACAUCACGCUGAGGAUGCGCCUCAAGUGCGAGCUGGUCAAGGGCGGGCGGCCCGUGCCCGGGAAGGUGUUUGACGUGCUGAACGAGGUGGUGGUGGAUCGUGGGUCCAACCCGUACCUGUGCAAGAUCGAGUGCUACGAGCGCAGCAAGCUCAUCACCAAGGUGCAAGCGGACGGAGUGAUAGUGGCAACACCCACGGGCAGCACAGCAUACUCCACUGCUGCUGGCGGCUCCAUGGUGCACCCCAACGUGCCCUGCAUGCUCUUCACGCCCAUCUGCCCGCACUCGCUCUCCUUCCGCCCCAUCAUUCUGCCCGACUCUGCCAUCCUCGAGCUCAGAGUGCCGGCUGACGCGCGCAGCAACUGCUGGGUGUCCUUCGACGGGAAGAAGCGGCAGCAGCUGUCGCGGGGGGACUCGGUGCGCAUCUCCAUGAGUGCCCACCCCGUGCCGACCGUCAACAAGAGUGAUCAGACUGAUGACUGGUUCGCUAGCCUGGUCAGAUGCCUGAAUUGGAACGAGCGCAUGGAGCAAAAGGCGUUCAACAAUACUUUUUGAAGAGAGAGAGAGAGAGAGAGAGAGAGAGAGAGAGAGAGAGAGAGAGAGAGAGAGAGAGAGAGAGAGAGAGAGAGAGAGAGUGAGUGAGUGCGCUGGGCAGCGAAUCUCCACGAGCACACAGUGCAUCCCGUGCCCACUGUCAACAAGAGCGACCAGACCAGGCCGACAAGACAACUGGUUCGCUAGCGUCAUUUUGUGGGGUGCUUGAUCUGGAUGAGCUUAUGGAGCAGAAGGCGUCCAAUAGUUCCUUUUUAGAUGGCUGUGUGUGUGUUGGGUUGGGGUUUAAUGUUUGCUGGGUUCCUUUUUUGGGGAGGAUGGGGGGGGGGAGGGAGGGAAGGAGGUGGAGUGGUUGAGUGGUUGAGUUAGGAAGGAGUGAUCCUUCCCGCUAACUGGUUUGAUUGGUGACUCAGAUACCCGGGAAAGUCAAUAGUCGAGCAGGUUUGCUUUCUUCGUAUGAAUAAUUUACUUCGUCUCAAUUACUACCUGGUUUCACCAAUGUCAGGAUGAUACGCCCGCAUUGGUCGUCAUUGCUUGUGGCCCCUCCAUGAGAUGUCUGCUGUUUGUUGCGCUCCUGUUGGUCUUUC